AUGGCAAAGAACGAUGAUCAAAUAUACAUCCAUUAUGGAAGGCCAAACAGCAAGGAUCAAAACUCAAAUUUGGGCUACAGUGUGUUUACGAUCCGGCUACACAAUGAAAAAUUUGUUUUUCUUCCAGUGCGACAGUCCAAGCCAGCCAUCAUGGAUCCUAUAUCCGUCCAGUGUUACAGUGUCCUUGCAGUCAAGGGCAACGAGCAGGAACCCGUCAAAUUCAACGCUCAAGGAUCCGAUUUCCAUCAAGUUUUACAGGCCGAAGAACUAGGACUUGAUAUUCAUCCAGACUUGCAGAUAUAUAUUUUUCGUUGGGCCGUUGAUUAUUGGCUUUUUUUUAUCCGUCUAUUGUUUUUACUGUCAAGGGCAACCAUCAAGGAUCCGAUCUCCAUCCAGUAUGACAGUGUUUUCACCGCCCAGGUCGAAGAACAAGGAUUUCUUCUUCAUCCACGGUUACAGCCCUUUCUUCUCCGUAGCAAGCGUUCAAUGCUCAGCUCUACAUUAAAGGUCUCAGUCCAUGCCGAGAAUCAAGGUUGCACUUCAAAAAAUAGGGCUAAGCUGUUUGAAGUCUUUUUACAGUCCAAUUCAACAGUCAAGAUUCAAAUCACCAUCAAGAAUCACUGUCUACUCGCAGAAAAGGCCAACAAUCAAGAUGCCACUCUCCUUCUUGGAUGUUGGCUCGGCGGUCUGUUCACAAUCGAGGCCAACACCCAAAAUUCCAUAGUCCAUGCAGGGUUACAGUCAAGACUGCUAAUUGAAAUUUUGCUUUUCAUCUGGGUACACACCGAUGGUCAAGUUUCUGCUAUUCGUCGAGUCCACACCAAGGAUCAAUAUUUUAGUCUCCACCCAGGUUCACAGACAUUCAAGUCAAGGGAUAAACUUCCUACUCUCAACCAUGAGCCACAGUAUUCUAAAUCCGAGUCCAACGAUCAAGCUUCAGCUUUCCGGCAAGGGUUGAAGAUAUCCAAUCCAUUGAUCAAGUCUUCGGUCAUUAUCAAGUUUCCACUCAACAUUAUUAAAGUCCUGGUCAACGAUCAAGAUCCUGCUAUUAAUUCCACGUCUUAG